AUCAAGUUCGCCGCCUCCUCGAUUUUCUUCUCAGCUUGUGCAGAACACUUUUAUUUUGUUCCUGUUUCUUUUUCGUUGUCGCUCUUUUCCUCCGAUUGAAUUUCAGUCCGCAUCCUUAUAGUCCCGAAUGCUUCGGGCUUCCUGGCGGUCUGCCGUGACCCCUCGUCGGGGUCACGGCUGCUGGUCGUGCCUUUCCCGUGGCUUCAAUGCGCCUCCGCAUCAGCAGUUAUGGGCGCGCUCCUUGCACCACGAGUCACCGCCGUGCCCCGAGGCUGCUUCUGGUGCUGAGGCAGAGGCCCCGAAUAAAGCUCCGAUUCCUAAUCAAUCUGACGUUCAAUUACGAUCUGAUCAAGACCACCGCCAGCAGAAGCAGCAGCAGCAGCAGCAGCAGCAGCAAGAGGAGCAGCCUGAGCAGCAGCCUGAGCAGCAGGAACCAGCUGGCAAUGUGCGAAAACCUUACUCAAUUAUGCCAGAACUUCCCUUCACUGCAACGCAUUGCAAUGUUCGCCGCAUCAUGAAACCAGAAAGUGUUCAACCGCUCCCAGUGAAAACAGCAGACGUGCCCAGCCUAGCAUUCGGUUUGGAUCGAGUAUUAUUUAACCACGGAGUUUACACGCUGCGGGAUCCAAGAUCCCGAGUUUACAAUUUCGAUCCGUACUUGGGUUCCAUCAUGCCUGUCACCGAAUUCGAUUUUCAAGCUUUAAAGGACUACAUUACUUCCUCCAAGGAUAAACAAUUACAUUCCCUCGCGCGGAAGAAGGGCAAGAAAUAUAUUGGGUCCUCUUCGAGUAUGACUUCGGUACUCUCGCACUUUCACUACCUGUUGUCAGCUUGGCGACCCGUCGACACUAGCAUCUUGUCUCAGGGCUUCACCGAAAAUUUAAAGACCUUCACGCGACUUUUGCGAGCACCUGCGGCCAUGUUCCUACACUACCAGGAUGGUGUCUAUGCUAUUGAUGCAGACAAGGAGUUUGAUUCAGCCAACAUUUUGAUGAAUUUGGGUAAAUCCAUGGAAAAGCUGCUGACACUACCAAAGGAGGAAUUUGAGCGCUACCGGAGGACCAGCGCCAACAAGAUCACCCCAGAGGAAGAGAAUGCCAUCCCUGAAUCAUACCACUACUCCACCCACGGCGAUUUUCUUAUGCGAUCCCAGUUAGACGCUUAUGACCCACGACUUCCGGGAACCGGCAUGUUCGAUCUAAAGACACGUGCUGUGGUGUCAAUUCGUAUGGAUGCGCGCAAUUUCGAGCAGGGCCUGGGUUACGAGAUUCGUCGACCAUUCGGCUUGUACGAAUCGUACGAACGCGAGUAUUAUGAUAUGAUCCGGGCUGCUUUCCUCAAAUAUUCGCUUCAGGUACGCGUCGGACGCAUGGACGGCAUCUUUGUGGCAUUUCACAACAUCGAGCGUAUUUUUGGCUUCCAAUAUAUCUCGUUGAACGAGAUGGAUAAAGCGCUACAUGGUCAAUAUAAGAAUGCAUUGGGUGAUCGCGAGUUCGAACACAGCAUUCAGAUUUGGAAUGAUAUCCUGGACCGUGCCACGAAAAAAUUUCCUAAGCAGUCGCUUCGCUUUCAUUUUGAGACCCGCGGUGAAAACUCGAGAAGCAAACCCUACAUGCUCAUCUUCGCGGAGCCCGUCACGCCUGACGAGAUUGAGGCAAUUCAGAACAAGAAUAAGGAAGUGAUUGACGCGUACCAGAAACGCAUCUUGAAUCUGCCCGACGAGCCGGUGGCGACAUCGACUAACGACCUCGUCGAAGAGGAAGAUCCAGCCCUCGAAGACGACGAUGCCGUAUAUGACAGUACUCUGAAAGACCCCACGGAAGCUAUUCCGGAGGAGAAAGCAGACGAGGAUGAGUUCUUCUGCCUAAACAGCAAGUCUGAGGCGGAGGAGGGUAAAGAGCUCUUUGCUGCCGUACUCACACUUGAAAACUUUGUAAAUGGGCAGAGGGUCGUCAGACCGGAAAUAUUCACCAGGAAAGAUCAGUGGGAGAUCGCAUAUAAGAUUCAUUACCUGGAUGGAGCGGACGCCGAAACCCGUAAGUUUUAUCGGGCUUGUCAAAGACGUCGCCGGGAUGCUCUCGACUAUGCGAAGUCAGACGGGUCGACUCCUUACCUCAGGAAGCUCCGAGAGAUUGCUCAGCGCGGUCGCCGAUACCGUGAGCGGCAGACAUCCAUGGAUUCGAAAUCUGAGCCUGUCGUCUUCCGUACUUUGUCUCCGACGGGGCCCAGUGUUCCCCUGAAGUCACAUGCUCGCCAUCACCCAAAGACUGGGCCGGGGGUUAGGUAUGUGGCUAAUAAGUCUAGCAAAGGCGAAAAGCCUCGCGACAAGCCGUUCAACAAGACGCGCGAAGCGUUCCGCCGCAGGCCUUCUAGCAAGCCUCAAUCUUUUCAGAAGACCACCGAGCAACCUGCCGAACGUCCUGCGAAGCAGACUUCCCCUCCUAGGUGAGAGAGGAUCAGCCAUUAAAACCCAACCGUCCUCGUUCUCGCCAUCCGUCAUUUUGAAGGAGGGAGCGAGAAGGGAAAGGAAUGCGCCAAUCCGGCUUGUAAACUAAUCAAUAUCAUGUAUCCAAGGCUCGUGUCGUUUUCGAUGCGUGGCCGCGCGCAGAUGUAUCUGGAUGGGAGUUCGGUGUUUUAAAACUAGAAAGCAAUCUCGAUUUUCUUUCGUCGUUCGAUUUCAUCGUGUUGUCUUAUAACUUUAUACCAACUGGCCU